AUGACUCCAUUCAAGGUGUUGUACGGAAGGGACCCUCCUCACUUGGUGUACUGUGGGAGUAGUAGUACUCCGGUUUCUUCAGUGGAGUACUUGGAUGAGAGAGAUCGAGCGCUAGAGGAAUUGAAGAAGCAUCUACUGAGAGCUCAACAAAUUAUGAAGAAACAAGCUGAUGGGCAUAGGAAGGACAUCCCGUUCGAAGUAGGAGAGAGGGUGUUCUUAAAGCUCAGACCAUACCGACAGAAAACAGUUGCCAACAGGAGAAAUGAAAAGCUCGCUCUAAGAUACUUUGGAUCCUAUGUAAUAUUGGACAAAAUUGGAGCGGUAGCAUAUCGACUACAACUACCACCCACGACGACUAUUCAUCCAAUUUUUCAUGUGUCGCAGCUGACAAGAGCCAUUGGAGAUUACACAGCCAGCUCGGAGUUACCGGCAACACUUACUGAGGACUUGGAAAUGAUUCUGGAACCCUUAGAGUUGAUGGGGGUUUGCCAAAAAGAAGAUGGAGCUAAAUAA